GGCCGCCCCGAUAAACUCGAGACGCUCGGAAGGAAUUGCCAGUAAACUUAGCGAUGAUCACAUAGUACUAGAUCGAUAGACGGGCGGUCAGUGCGCAGUGCAUAUAAACCUGUAUGCUUGCUCACAGCCGGCCAUCACGAACUUGCUGAGGCAAGACACGUCCACACUGGAUUCGCCUUCUCUUCCUCCUAGUUCCCCCAAGGUCUCACCAGCAGCGUUGCAGUCAUGUCAGGUUUCCAGCACUCAGAUCUUCAAGAUAUAGGCUCCAAGGCCGCAGUAUCUGAGAGCAGCGACGUGGAAAAGCAAGGGCUGGGGACAAACGCAAAGCCUCGGGCCAUUCCUUCUCAGCCAAAAAGUCUUGGAGCAGGUACUGCACUUCCAAUAGGCGUGUUUGCAACAACGUUGACCACACUAUCACUGAGUUUGAUGGAAUGGCGUGGGGUGACUACUGACAAUGUGUUCAUCGCCAACUUCUUUUUUGCCGCUGCUUUUGGUUUGGUGGUCACCGCUCAAUGGGAGUUAGCUAUCGGAAAUGGCUUCUCAUAUACGGUCUUCAGUGCUUUUGGUCUUUUCUACGCAGGUUACGGGGCCAUUUUAACGCCUGCAUUUGGAGUUGCAGCUGCAUACGGAGAUGAUGUUCAACAAUACAACAAUGCAUUGGGCUUCUUCGUCAUAUUGUGGACAGUUUUCGUGCUCACUUUCCUGGUAGCUUCCCUGCCGACGAACUUGGUUUAUAUUUGGAUAUUCUUUACCGUUGACCUCGCCUUUCUUCUCAUAGCUGCGAGCUAUUUCGCUGCGGCAGACGGAAACCACACAGCCGCUAUCGGGCUGAAAAAGGCGGGAGGAGUAUUCUGCUUCUUAGCUGGCCUUGUUGGAUGGUAUUUGACGUUCGCAUUAUUGCUCAAGGAUUCGCUCAUAGAUCUUCCGUUAGGAGAUACGUCAAGAUAUUUUGGCAAAGUAAAAAAGCAUGAUUAAAUAAAAUGAUGCACACUUAUGCAGACCUUGAUAAUAAAUAUGUAAAUGUCAUAUCCUUAA